AUCAGAAAGUCAUCAUGAACAGGGGCCUUUGUUUGAUCCUGGCUCUCAUGGUCGCCACCCAGGCGUCAGCAGUACGGGGAAAAGUGGUUCGGGAAACAUUUGGAGAUACAUGCGUGGACAAAGUUGACUGCCCAGAGUACGCUAGCAGCGUGUGUAAAAGAUUAUGCCGAUUGGGCCAAGUACAACUGUCCAGCAUUCUGUGGAAUAUGCAAACCACAAAACACUGCUGCACCUCCCCCCUGUGAAGAUGUUGAGCCAAACUGUCCAGAGUACGGGCUAGAUAAAUGCAUUGAGUUCCCUGACUGGGCCCAUGGAAACUGCCGCAAGUACUGUGGCUUCUGCCCACAAAACACUACUGCACCUCCCCUGUGAAGAUGCUGAACCAAACUGUCCAGAGUACGGGCUAGAUGAGUGCAAGAGGUUCCCUGACUGGGCCCAUGAAAACUGUCGCAAGUACUGUGGCUUCUGCCCACAAAACACUACUGCACCUCCCCCCUGUGAAGAUGUUGAGCCAAACUGUCCAGAGUACGGGCUAGAUAAAUGCAUUGAGUUCCCUGACUGGGCCCAUGGAAACUGCCGCAAGUACUGUGGCUUCUGCCCACAAAACACUACUGCACCUCCCCACUGUGAAGAUGUUGAGCCAAACUGUCCAGAGUACGGGCUAGAUAAAUGCAUUGAGUUCCCUGACUGGGCCCAUGAAAACUGUCGCAAGUACUGUGGCUUCUGCCCACAAUGUGUGGACAAACUAGACACCUGCCACGUGUACGGGGAGGCAUCUUGCUUUGCACCGUUCCUCGCCUGGGCAGCAGAAAACUGUAGGAGGUACUGUGACCUAUGUACAACAACGGCUCAGACAACUCAGGCCCCAUCCCAGUCCAGCUGUGUUGACAAGCUGUCCAACUGUAAGAGUUAUGGAAGCUACGUUUGUACUGGACAGUAUGAGACCUGGGCUCGCGACAACUGCGCGAUGACCUGUAACUACUGUGUUCCAGGGGAAUGUCUGUACAAGGGUCAGAGCUACGGGCAAGGCAAGGCAAGACUUGGCGCGACGGCUGUGACUACCAAUGUACCUGCGUAGAUGCCACCGUGGGCACGUACAUCUGUAAAGACCUUGUAAGCUGCUGGCCCCUCCCACCGGCAAGUGCUGCCCCACGCCAAGCUGCCCUAGCGGCAUAGUCAUCAACUACCCGCCAGGUUAUGUUGGCGUUUAACAGGCAAAAACCUGUGUAGCCAGGCAACAAAACAAUUCAGUGAAGUAAAAUACAAACACGUUUGCGAAAAUUGUAAGCAUUCGAAUUAGGAAAAUAAAAUAUUUUUAGUUUA